AAAAAUCUGGACUGAAACCAAUUUUCCACGGAUAAAAGGUGCCGCGAAACGAUCCGGAUAUCCCAGAAACAACUUCCGGAAGUGCAAAAGUGACAGAUUUGGGCUCAAUCCGGGAUCGGGAAAAAGUGCGAACAAGGAAUUUUCCGGAUUGGUAGCCGUCGUGGGGAUUGCCUGCCUUGCAGGCGAAAACUUGCUGGGACCCCGUGCUGCUUCCUGGGGUGCUCGAUUGCAGCAAUUUGGGCGAUUUUCUUCAGCGCUGGAAGUUGCGUGCGGAACAAAUGCGACAUUUUUGGAUCUUUUUCGAGGAACGUAAUCCUGGGUAGUCGUCACCUGGACUAGUUUUGGGAACAAGCAGCGGAAGAAGGAGGGGAAAAAAUUCGGAAGUCGAACACAGGUUUUGCAUAGCUUUAGGGGUUUGUUUCUAGUGUGUUUAAGCUGCGAUUGCCUACUUGUGGGCGCAUUAGUCAUAGUGAUUUGCCGAAAUUCGUAGAAUUUUGAUCAAUUUACUAAAUUUUUAACUAGUGGAAAAAGUGGAAUGAAAAUUUUUCCCACUUUUGAGGGUGUGUGUGAGUGUGUGAAAUCGCCAGAGAGAGAGUGAGGAAAAGUGCGUAAUUUAAGGAGAGAGCUUUCGGGGUUUGUUGUCAUCCCGCCUGGAGGUGUGUUUGUGGGCUCUCUCCCUCUCAACUCAAAGUAAAUUGUCCAAGCUCUCACAGGAACACGUGUGUGACGGGGCCAGCUCCAACCAAUCGAUACCAGCGAGGAGAUCAGGAAGGAAACAAAAUAAAAACACCCUCGUCCUCUGGCAGUCAACAAAAAGAGCAGCAGCCCUUCCUCUGGCCCGUGCGGAUUAUCAACCCCGUUUGAACUCGCUCUCCGACCCGCCCGUUGAGAUGGUGGUAGUGGUACCGCAGGCCACCUUCCAACCUUGGUGGUAGUGAUGAUGUUUGGAAUUUCGCGUAGAAUGCACCGCGCGAGUUGAAGAGCUGCUGGUGCAAGACUGCAAGUAACUCUGCAUACAUUCGGGCGUAAUCGGGCGGAACAUCGUGCCAUCUAGUCGGCGGAAUACGCGGCGAGAACCAUGAUUUUGAUAGCCGGAGUGGAUAAUUACCUGAACGUUCCCAUGGAGACCACCACCUUCCUCGGAGCCGCGCUCGGCUUCAUCGCGCUGCUGCUCGUGCUGUUUCUGUACAUCAACCGGAAGUGGUGCUUCGCCACGCCCGGUUCGUUUCCGUGCUGCGACGAGCUCACGCUGCCGGCCAAAACGGUGCACACCAUCCGAAGUCGCUUCGCGUACGACGGCCACUCCAGCUCCGACUCGGAGGAGGAGAUCCUGCGCCGGCUGAAGCUGCAGCAGUCCUGCUCGCUACACAGCGGCAGCGGCGGCCAGCUGUCCCGGUACGGGGCCGGUGGGCUGGGCUCGCUAGAUCCGGAUCUAGUGUCGAACCUGCAGCACAUCACCAUCGGAGCGGCGCCACCGACGGAGGACACCGGCGGCGGGAGUCGGAAGGAGCGCAAGCAUAGUCACCGCCACCACCACCAUCAUCAUCAUCAUGGGAGUUCGGGAUCGAGGGAUCCGUUGGCGCUGGCGGAGCGUGGCAAGAUCGGGAUGCCGCACUCGAGCAGCGAGUGCAGCUCGAACAGCUCGGUGGAGGCGUCGGUCGAGAGUAAUACGGGUUUGGUGGGUGGGGAGAAGAAGGAUCGGAGGUUGAUCUUGCCGUCGGCAAGUGGUGGACAGAGGGGGAGCUCGUCGAUUAGUCCGUUGAAGGAGGAGGAAGGUAAGGUGAACAACAAUGGGAAGUAUGGGCGGCUGCCGGUGCAGCAUCAGGACAGUUUGGAGGACGUGCCGGACAUCAACAGCAAUCAAGACUGCAUCGUGGUUCUUUCGCAAGAGCCGCUGUUCGACACCAGUGACCUGAAGUCGCUCAAGUCGGACUCCGGUACGAUCGGCCCGGGACCGGAGAGUCCAACCUCGACCAGCAGUCCGAACGGCGUGCUGGAGGUGUCCCUGCUGUACGACGCACCGAUGCGCAAGAUGACGGUGCACGUGCUGCAGGCGCGAGGAAUUCCGUCCCGUAACCCGCCCGUUCCUGUGGAAACAUCGACGUCCGCCUCGACGACCGCGACAACGAAGGCCAGCAGUCAGUCGACGACCCACACCCAGGUGCGCCUGCUGAUGCUGCCCAGCAAGAAGCAGAAGCACAAGACCAAGAUCCGCUCCGGCGAGAACCCGCAGUUUAUGGAGAGCUUCCUGCUGCACCGGGUCAACCCGGAGGAGGUCAACUCGAUGGGGCUGCGCAUCCGGGUGUACGGCUGCGAGCGGAUGCGCCGGGAGCGGUUGAUCGGGGAGGCGAUCGUCAGCUUCGCCAACAUCGACCUGGAGCUGGAGACGAACCUGUGGUUGCCGCUGGAGCCGAGGGCUAACUCGACGAACACCGGUUCCACGAGCGACCUGCUCAGUUUGGCACGGUCGGACAGUACGGGCUCGACGACGUCCAUGCAGCACGGAGGAGUUCCGGAGCUGCUGCUUGGCCUGGGCUACAACGGCACUACCGGACGGUUGACAGUUGAGAUUGUGAAGGGCAGUCAGUUCCGGAACCUGGCGCUGAACAAGGUCCCCGACACGUACGUUAAGCUGUGUCUGGUGAGCAGCAUGGGCCAGGAGAUGGCGCGGGCCAAAACGUCAACGCGACGGGGCCAACCGAAUCCGCUGUUCAAGGAGACGUUUAUCUUUCAGGUGGCCUUAUUCCAGUUGAACGACGUCACGCUGAUGGUGUCGGUGUACGCCAAGCGCAACAUGAAGCGCAACGAGAUGGUCGGCUGGUUCAGCCUCGGGCUCAACUCGAGCGGCCCGGAGGAGAACGGCCACUGGGGCGACAUGCGGGACGCGAUGAACCCUCGCUCGGAGCUGGUGACACGAUGGCACGUCCUGGUGGACUCCUGAUUCAACUAGCUAGGGCUCUCCCCUCGGCAGAGCACGGUAAUCAGCGACGAUAUCGCGGAGGUGGCCAUCGCCGGCGGAGCGCGUCGCUCCUCCGGCCGGACGCGGCGCAGUUCCGGGAGUGUGGCACCGACGGCAACGUCGUCGGUGGUGUCCUCCCCGCGGGACCCCGAGCGGCACCCGAUUCUGAUGGUGCCGUCGCCGGUGUCACGUGGUGACUCGGUGGCCGUCGAUAUCUCGAUGAUGCCUGGGAGUGACCUAGAAUUUGUCUAGAUAAGUGAGUGGGCGAGUGAGUGCGUGAGAUCUAGUUUGCCUAGUGAGCGUGAGAUGGCGCGCGCGCGUGAGAACUUUUCGAUGUGAAAUCUAGUUGUGACGUUUGUUUCGGAAUCCAGAUGUGAGCAAGAAAAAAAACACGUGGUAAUAUUUAAGUUCCAAUCCCCCCAAAACAAGAAAAAACCAUUUUGGAUGUUUUUAAUCGUAUAUUGUUGUGACACACACAAACACACACGCGUAAACUUAACAAUUCAAGCUCUAAAAUGUUAAAUGUUGUAUGGAACUACCGUGAAACACACAAACUAUGUGUGUUGAAUAUUUUGCAAAACAAGGAGAAAUAAAAGAGAGGAAAAGUUGUAGUGAAAUAUUUGGAAUGAAUUAAACAAAAAUCAAACUCUAGUUACCAACAUAACCAAAAACAAAACGAACUUUGAUGAAAAGACCUUUUCUUGACCUGGGAAAGGAG